UCGAACUAGCAAGUGCUAUACUAUAAUAUGAUAUCGUUUUCAUCAUCAUCAUCAUCAUCAUCACCAUCAUCACUUUUUUUUAAAAAUCGAUAUUUCAUAUGCAGUUCUUAAAUAAUUCAAUUGGUUAAGUGACACAAAUACCAAUCAAUCAAUCAAUCAAUCGAAUUCCUUCAAGACCAUCCAUCCAUCACAUCAACAUGGAUUCAUCAACCACACAUAACCACUCUGCUUUCAAUUCUCCGAACAUACAUACUCCCUCUAACCCACACUUUGUUUACCAUGACAUUGAAAAUCCCGCAUCGCCAUCGGUUUCUACCAGAGCUUCUCUACCCACUUUACAAUCCACCAUGUAUGCACAAGAAUCUUUCAACCUUGGCCCUAUGAGACCUGCAUCUUCAAAUACAUCAAGAAGAUCAGUCUCGGGCAUGAAACAACUUUUACCACUUAAACUUGCCUCUUCACCAGUAUCAGAUAUCGAUUCAUCAUCAACAUCAAGACCAGCAUUAACCAAGAGAACAACCUUUGGUCAAUCAGGACGUGUAGGAGGUUUAUCAAAUUCCGGAAGGAUAGCAGAACGGAGAUUAGCUGGCAUAUCACGAUUAGCUAUACGACCAACUAGUUUUCGCGACACUCCAGUUAUCUCGAAGCCUACGGUACCUUUCCUUGGAAGCCCUCUCUUUCAAGAUAGCUGUACUAAAUGUUCGGAUGAGGUUGCAUGUACUACAUCAUGUAUCAUAGAUGAGUAUGAAGGUUUUAGUGAUUCGAGUUCAAGUGGAGGAGAUGGUUCGGAUUAUUCGAAUCAUCAUACACAAAGUGCAGCUUCAUCAGCUAUUUCUUCCAGAAGACAUUAUCGACCAGACUCAGAUUUCUCCUUCAAAUGUUUAGGUGAACCUAAUCCAAAUUCUGGAUCAUCAUGGCUUGGUAGUCCACUUAAACCACGAGCUGUUCCUAGAUUGUCAACUUUGGAUAUCGAAGAAUGGUUAGGAGAUAGUGAAAGCAUGUGUGGAAGUUCAGAUGAUGAAGACUCUGGUGACUUUUUUGUAUGUUAUGUACCCAUUCCAUUCAUCAAAGCAAUCACUAAUAAUUUUAGGCUUGCGCAACAGCUCUUUCACCAGCCAAAGCACAAGUGGUUCAAGUAAAUCACAAACAAUCUCCAAGAUUAUCCAUUACUAUUCCACCAAGAUCAACAUCAAUUGCGAAGUUUAAACAAUCUGAUUCUUCCGCUCUUCGAAAGUUAACUUCACGUUCACCUAUCAAAACAUCUUUAGUGGAUGAUUUAGCCAUGUCAAGUCCUCCGACUUCACCAGAACCAACAUACCAAAAAGUUACUAUGAAUCAAGGAAAUGUCCUUCAUUCACCAAUAGAUCUUUCACCAACUGAAUUUUCACCAACACCAGCAUCUCCAGAUACGAUACUUGAUAUCGUAGCCGCAAUUGAAGAAAGCACUUCAAAUUUUCCUUCCAAGAUGUUAUUAGUUGAUACUCCAUGUAUAUCAUCCAUUCGUUCACAUCUCAAAGCUACAUCGGUUACAAAUGUCAAGUCAACACCACCACCACCACCACCUUCAACUACAACAUUUAAUCAAUUCCGUCCUAAAGGUCUCAAUCGUCGGAAUCGUCCACAAACAAUUUGUCUCUCACCAACUUCAAAAUCUAAAUCUUCCAAUUCUCAAAUUCCAACAACUCCACCAUCAACUCCACCAUUCAGUCCUGAUUUUUCCAUUUCUUCAUUCCCUUCUAAAAAUAAAUCCAACGCCACCAAAUCAACAAAUAAAUCUUCCACCCUUCCAACAUUCUCUUAUCAACUUGCCGCAGCAAACCUUCAACCACUUCAUGCUAUAUUUCCCAUCUCCUCGGAUUUUCUCCGCUCAGCUCUCUACGCCCAUAUCCUCGCUUACAUUUUCCUCCAAUCUCUUCCCUCCACAGAUCCUACAUCAUCCUCAUCUCAACUCCACCAAACAACCUCAACCUCAAACUUAACCUCAACCUCAAAACCCCAUCCUCCCUAUCUCAAAAAACAACCCUCAUACAACCCCUCCUUCUCCUACCACAACACAUCCAUUGUCGGUAUCCCCGCCAAAGCAGCCUCUACACUCGGUCUUUCCAUCUCCACAUCCAAUUCUUCACGCCGCAAUGGAAAUGGAAAUGGACAUGGAAAUGGUAGUGGAAGUGGUAAUUUUGAUCUAAGAGGAAACGCAGCAAAAGCAGCACAGAAUAAAAGAAUUGAACAUAAUCUUCGUACGUGUAUUGCGAAGCUGUUAAAAGGGAUGCAGGGGAGAGUAGAUGUGGAUCCUAGGGAUGUGAGUGGGAAUGAAGUUGAGGGGUGGGUUUUGAGGAGUUUGAUUGAGGUUGUUAGGGGAUGUGAGGGGAUUUGAUGGGUGGGGAGGUUUUGGGGAAGUUUUUUGGUUUAUUUCUUUUGUCAGUUUGCGUAUGUGUGAGAGAGAGGGAGAGGGAGAGAGGGGAAGUCACAGCUACAUUUUUGUUUUUCUUUUGUCCUGGUCUGGGUCUGGGUUUGAGUCUGAAAUUCGAGUCUAAGUUUAGCUUUGGUUUUGAUUUUCACAAUCAUAUUGGUUGGUAUGUGGAUAUAUGGAGGGAAGGAAGGGAGAAAAGUAUGGAAACAAGUCACUUUCAUUUUCAUUUUGU